AUGCUUGUUAAAACAGGUUUAAAAGCAAAUCCUGGUGCUAGCGGAUCAUCCGCACAACAUAGGUUGACAGUCAAAGAUUGUGUUGAUAUUGACGUCAUUUUUCGAGAUUACAGGCGCAGAAGUAAUAGCGCGCCAGUGAGACCAGAACAUCGCAGGUCUUCAAUUAUAGUAAAGAGAUAUCCUGAUGAGAAGUCACCAGGGAGAGAACCUUCCCCAAAGACUGUUGACUUUGUGCCGCACAAUUGCUCCCGCGUUGACGAGGAGAAUUCUUCCUUAUUAGAAGAGAUAUCUGGCUUGAAAGAUUCGCUAUCUAUCACCGAGUCUCAAAACCUAGACUUGGCAAAUCGCUUGAGUGACUCUCAGAAGGAGAAUGAGCGUUUGGCUCAGGAAAAUGCAAGGUUAAGAGCGAUGCUUGCAGAGCAAAAUGAGCAGCCAACGGAUGGGAUUCCACCUCUUGUACCAGCUUCAACACCACCUCCUGCUCCAGUUACUCCACCUCCUGCUCCAGUUACUCCACCUCCUGCUCCAGUUACUCCACCUCCUGCUCCAGUUACUCCACCUCCUGCUCCAGUUACUCCACCUCCUGCUCCAGUUACUCCACCUCCUGCUCCAGUUACUCCACCUCCUGCUCCAGUUACUCCACCUCCUGCUCCAGUUACUCCACCUCCUGCUCCAGUUACUCCACCUCCUGCUCCAGUUACUCCACCUCCUGCUCCAGUUACUCCACCUCCUGCUCCAGUUACUCCACCUCCUGCUCCAGUUACUCCACCUCCUGCUCCAGUUACUCCACCUCCUGCUCCAGCUACUCCACCUCCUGCUCCAGCUACUCCACCUCCUGCUCCAGCUACUCCACCUCCUGCUCCAGCUACUCCACUACCUGCUGCCAGGGCAC